AUGGCAACGGACAUCGAAGCUCAAGUCGUUCACGAGCCACAAACAUCAGCUCCGCUCCUACUUCCGGACUUUGAAGUCCCUGCUGGACUAAGAUUCUUGCUCCGAACAACUAAUCUUAGGGUUUAUCGAGUUCCAAUCGAAGGCGAAAAUAAAUGCUGUUCAGCUUUCCCCCGCAAAUUCUACGUUGCCGAUGGAGAGGGAAAUGCAAUUCUGGAAGGCGUGGAAUCUAGCAGUUGGUGUGCUCGACUCUGCGCUGAGUCUUGUCAUGCAUUCGAGUUGGAUUUUCGUGAUGCUGACGGCGUUACUGUCCUCUCAAUGGAAAGGACUGCGUCUUGUUCCGCCUUCUACUGUUGUAACGCUCCUGCAAUUUCAGUAACAUCGGGAACCGACAAUUACGGCACCGUAGCACACACUGGAUCAAUUCCUCGUACCCGACUUACCAUCUCCGAUGCGAUUGAUAGACCACAGCUCCGACUUAUUGGACCUUGCACUCGUCAAAGUCACUAUAUUGAUGGAAUUUUCAAGUUAAAAUGCUUCAAUGAACGUGGUUCUUUGGGCCGUCUAACAGUUCAACAUUUCGCUGAAAUGGACAGUUAUCAACUCUUCUUCCCAGUUGACAUGGAUGUUCGAAUGAAAUGCCUCAUCAUCGCAUCUGCUGUCCUGUUGGUAAGUCAAGUACUGAUUUAUAUAUAA